AUGAUCCUUGCAAAAAGAUCGUUUCAUUCAUCAUUUCAGUUACUGAAAAGAUCUACUGACCAUCUAGUUGCAAAAGAUAAACAGAAGUAUAAGCUUGUUGCGUUUCCAGAGCCACCGCCUGUUUCUUCAGAGCAACUCGCUGAUGCCACACGAUUAUUUGCAAGGCCUGUCAACUUUAUCCAAAGCAUCAGUAAAGCAGAACAAGCCCCCGAGACUAGCAAGCCGGAAGUUGCAUUUGUUGGCAGAAGUAAUGUUGGUAAAUCAACACUGAUCAACAAUUUGACAAACAAUAGCCGGCUUGUCAAGACAUCGAAUCGACCUGGUCAUACUCGAUUAUUGAAUUUCUUUGAUGUGGGGCGUCAAAUCACAUUAGUAGAUAUGCCCGGUUAUGGCUUCAAAUCAAAAGAGGAAUGGGGCGAUUUAAUCUUGGAAUACCUAUCCACUAGAAAACAAUUAAAACGACUGUUCAUGCUGAUUGAUCCUGUGGCUGGAUUGAAAGAUACUGACAUGCAAUUAAUGAGCCAUUUAGACAAGCAGGCGUUGUCAUAUCAGGUCAUCUUGACCAAGAGGGAUCGCUUGUCUACAGAGGCAUUUGCAGCGUCUAAAGCAGAAAUAGAAAAGUAUCUCGUGGAGAACGCAAUAUGCUGCUAUCCCCAGCUAUUAGUUACGGGCAAAAAGAGAAGUAGCAAAUUUAAUGACAAUGAUGUUGUGGCAAAUGAGAUGGCUAAAGUAAAAUGGGCCAUUGUCAAUGCGACAGGCAUUACAGUGCAUCCACCGACAAAAAAGCAAUAA